AAGUGCAGCCGGUGAGUGUUCAGAGACCACCGUGAGAGUUUAACUUUCCGCCUCACAGGAAACACAGACGAGGCCACAGAGACGCCGACAGAUGCAUGAUGGGACUGAAGACGCCGCUGCUCGCCUCUCUGCUCGGCGUUCUGGGGGUGAUGUUGGUGGCAGGCGUCCGUGACGCCGGCUUCCUGCCUGGAUCGCCGCGCAACAUCAGCAGGAACGACCACGACCUGCAGCGGAUCGUCCUCACUGCCGCCUACUCCUACAACAACCAAUCAAACGACGCCUUCCUCUUCAGACCCUCCGCCGUCCGCAGAGCGCAGCGGCAGGUUGUUAAAGGGAUUCGGUACAUUGUGGAUUUAGAGAUUUCCAGAACCGUCUGCCGCAAACGAGACAACAACACAAAUCUGUCCGACUGUGACUUUCAGCCUGAAGGUCGUCUGCACCAGACAUUUCACUGCCACUUUGAGGUUUGGUUGAUUCCCUGGCAGAAUAAGACCAAGAUCCAGGGUUUGCUCUGUAAACCCUAAAACCACCAGCUGCCUCCAGCCUUCGUCCAUCAUCCUCCAUUAUAUUCAUCCUUCAUCAUCCUCAUCCUCACAGUGAGGCUUCAUCCACCUGUCUGACCUGCUGCUCUACACAUCUGUAAAACUAAACUUUUCACAGUAAAAAGAAAUCAAUCAAACCUUUUGGAGUUUUUCAUUCACAUAUUUCAACAUUCAGAGACACGUGCUGAGGAGGAACUGUGCUGCCACCUGCUGGUCAGGAGGGAGAACAGCAGCAACAAACACAAACUCUGGAUUUAAUCAAAACUGAGUUCAGAACACAAUUUAAAUUUCCAACAUUUCUUUUGCCUUCAGAUAAAAACG